CCAUUGGUGAUUUAAAUAUCCUGUGUUUCACUUGGAGAUACCAGAAGACUGCAAGACUACACUUUAGAUCUUUGGAACAGCAUUCUGUGUGCCAGCUCACAUUAUCCAGCCCUCUUUCUGGAAUCCUGCCAGAUUGUGUGUUUUGGUUUUAGGCAUCACAAGAGACUUGAGUAUCUCUUGUUAUUCAUAGCUGACAGGAAUAGCAUUUUUUUAAGUUCAAUACUAACAUAAGAAAGCACUGCUAUAGAGUGCUAUAUUGGGAGCUUGGGGAGUUUGCCAUAAUGGCUGAACUGCAGGUGGCUGCAGCCCUGGGCUAAGUCAGGGGGCUGGUUUGUGUAAGAAAGCUGCCAGUGUGUAACAGGAGUCCUGGCUGAGCUGGGGAACUCAGGCCCUUGAGAACCUCAGCAGUUCAGUGCUGGAAAUCCCUCUGAUCUUCAUCCAUCAUCCAUCUGUCUCUGAAAUAUGACUGCUUAGAUAAUUAUCCAAAGGAAUAUUUUUCCAUUUAGUUCCAUAUUGAAAAUCCUUUUGUGAGUAUCUUCCUCCUCAAUGGUGUUUCCAUUUAGUUUUCUUUGUGACUUGGUAGAUCUUGAAGGCUUAGGCUGUUUUCCAGGAAAGGGAAAUAAGGUGCAUAGAAACAGGCUAGAAGGAAGAGAGCACAUGGCCAGUUUGCAUGAAGAAGUUUGCUUUCAAGAGGCAACCAGAGGCCAGUCAGCAUAAACUGACCUUUCUGAACUGGCAGGUUAACAAUGUUUGGACCAAACCCUGGGUACCAGGAGGCCUCACUGUUUUCCUGCUGUGUGCCAUGGGCAACUUGGAAUUCUGGACGUUUGGGAGUCUACAGGUCCGAGUGAUGGUGGAUUUAUGUAACAGCACAAAAGGGAUUUGCUUAACAGGCCCUCCGGGUCCCCCAGGGCCCCCUGGACUUGAUGGACUGCCUGGCUACAAUGGAUCAGAUGGAGUCCCAGGCAUACCAGGACAAAAGGGAGAACCAGGAGUAAAUGGAAAAAGAGGAAAAAUUGGUCUACCAGGACCAAAAGGUGAUCAAGGGCAGAAAGGAGAACCUGGAGAAAUGGGUUUACCUGGCAAGGAUGGUAUGCCAGGAGCAAAAGGUGCAAGAGGAGCCAAAGGGGAAAAGGGGGAUGCAAGCAAUGAUGUAAUAUUAGAAGGUGCAAAAGGUGAACCUGGACCACCAGGGCCCCCUGGACCACCUGGACCCCCAGGACCUCCAGGUAAACGUAAAGGCAAAGCUAAAGCAGAGCUUGAGGAGAACAUAUACAGCAGCACCUGCACAGGUGAGGCAUGUGCUGUACCAAAUGAUGACACCCUGGCUGGAAAAGCUGAAGACAGAACCCCUGGUCCUCCAAAAAAACCUGAAUGUGUCAUAACAUCUGUGGGAAGUCCUGUUCACUUUGUCAGUGUUCAGCAAACUUUUGGAACCUGGAUGCGGGAGCCUGCAAAUAUAAGUGAUGAAAGGAUUUGGCUUACCAUGCAUUUCUCAGGAAACUCCAUAAAAGAAUAUGAGAAUUCCAAUGCCUUGCUGAAUAACAGCUACAGGAUCAUUAACAUCACAGGAUUCUUUUAUGGAUGUGGUCAUGCAGUACAGAACAAUCAUCUGUACUAUCAGAAGGGAGGAACCAAUGUCAUUCUAAAACUUGGGCUCGACAAAGCAUCGCUGGGCACUCUGCUCAUUGAAAAUGCCCUACACCACGGGCGCAACUACCUCUUCUCUAACUCCAAGACGUAUUUCAACAUAGCAGUGGAUGAGAAGGGGCUCUGGAUUAUCUAUGCCUCGAGCACUGAUGAAAACAUAAUGGUAGCACAUAUUGACGAAGAAACGUUUUCGGUCAUUCGGCACAUCAACACCACAUAUCCUAAGUCCAAGGCUGGUAAUGCAUUCAUAGCAUGUGGCAUUAUUUAUGUUACUGACACCAAGGACAUGACAGUAAGUUUUGCUUUUGAUUUAUUGAAAGGGAAGCAGGUUGAUGCAAGGUUUGAAUUACGGUCUUCACAGUCUGUUCUUGCUAUGCUUUCAUACAGUCUACGAGACAAGAAUUUGUACACGUGGGAGAACGGGAGCUUAAUGGUGUACCCUGUACAUUUUGGUAGAUGAAAAUAUUUUAAAAUGCCAUGUAUGGGAGCCAUGCUUGUCUAAGAAAUCCGUUUAAAGCUCUAUGACAUACACACGUGGGUCUCUUGACUUGGCAUCAUUUUCUGUUUACUGAUGGUGGUUUGCGAGUGUGUCUAAAAGCGAGAUCAGGUGCCCCUGUAUAAACACACUUCAGUUACACAGGCCAUCCUCAUCUUUUUAAAAAAAUACCUGUUCACUAUUGCAGCUGGCACACAGUUAGCACAGACCUGCUUUUGUUUCUCCCCUGUUAUUCAGCUGAUAAUUGUAUGUAAUGUACAUCGAUUAUUCCAUGGUCAUGUGCUCAGCAGAGACUAUUUAUAACUUUCAGUUGUGAUCAUCUUCUUUGCAAUCAUUUUCUAGUCAGUGAUGAUGGUCUAGUAUAAAUGUCUAAAUAAUGAACUUUUCAGUACAAAUACCUUUGUCACUUUCAUUUAAUUUCCAUGGAUUCUCAGUGAAGAUUUUUUUCUGAACAGAGGUUUACAGCUGUUAAAAAUAAGGGGAAUGGAAAGAGUUAUUUAAAUAGAAAAAAAGCAGAAAGCUUCCCCUUUGACAAGCUUUGUUAAUAAUCAACAAUCAACUGUUAAUAAUCAAAAGCAAAAUCCAGCCAAAGUACAAGGAAAAUAGGAAUAAUGACAUGAAGUAUUGAAUAUACAUUUUGUUUCAUAAAUGAAGAACUGGAAGAAAAGUAGCAAGGUUUAAAGUUGAAGAGAAGAUGUAACAUUUAUGAUUAAAAUUUCAUUUUUAACAGUGUUUGCAUUUUGAGUUUCUUGUGUUGCUGCAGACUCUUCCUUGUCCCUCACUGUCAUGUAAACUUGCUUAUAAUUAUAGUAAGGCAUAUUUCUAAAACAAAAUGUCCCCACAUCCAUCCAUACAAAUGAAAUCAUAAAAUGAAGGGUAUAUGUU